AUGGCGGAGACAGAGACAGUGCAAAGCCCAAUGCAAGAAAACUGUAAAGCAGGGCCGUCAAAACAAGAGCUCUCGGUUAGCAUUCCUUGCAAGCAGUUGGCAUUUGGGACUGAAGCCAUACGACAUGGAGGAAAGGACGAGAUUAAUGCAGAGAUGAUCAAUACUCUUCCUUGUUUGGAGAUUGUGGCCACCAACAGCGUUGGAGUGGAUAAGGUUGAUUUGGCAAAGUGCAUGCAGCGCAACAUUGUGGUGGUCUAUACUCCUGAUGUGUUGACUGAUGAAGUGGUAGAUUUGGCCAUCGCUUUUAUGCCUGAUACCCUUCGUCACAUUUCAGCUUAUGAUCGUUAUGUUCGCCAGGGCCUGUGGUAG